AUGCCCCCCGACUCAGCCGACAAGAAGCCUGAAAAGUCGUACCUGACAUCGGCCGUCGAGUCCAUCAAUCCAUGGGCCAGCAGCCGAACAACGACGCCAACUCCAGACAACAAACCCCACGAGCCUCCGGCACCUGCGGGAGCUUCCGGAGACCAUAGCACAACCCCUCUGUACGGGCAGAGCUUGCGCACAUACCCCAAGGACUGUCCGCCCUUGGACGUCCAAUGGUUCCACGCCGUUGAUGUGCCCAAGCGAAAACCCCGGCUCAUCAAAACCGCCCUACCUCCCCAGAAGGACAUCAAGCCCCCGCCGCGUCCCAAAAAGUUCACCGCCUUCUCACCCUCCGAUUCGAAGAGAUUAGAGGCUCGCUACCAGAAGCUCCUCGAGGCUGCAGAGGAUAGCCACGCAUCUCCAUUCAAAGACUCUGGCUCUCGAACCGCGCAGCCAGGACCCUCGGAUGCGGUCAAUGGCAUACAUGUGCCGGUAAACGAGGAUUUCCUGUUCCAUGUCGACAUCGAGGAGCGAGAACUGGCUCCAGUCUACUGGCUGGGUCCUGUAUACGAAGCCCGCCGUGGGACCUGGUUCUUCCAGGAGGGCUCGACCCUAAGACCAUGUGAAGAGAAUCUUGCGGCUCAGCUGGAGGAGGGCUAUCUGAAAACGAAACCGUGGCUUCUUCCAGUUCUACCGCGAACCCAGACCGACCCGAAAGACUCUGGUCCUGUGGCUGCCGAGGAAGACUCCUCAAAACCGAGCUCUGAGACGACGUCUGACGCGUCGGCGCCCUCGCAACUUGCCCCCCAACCACAGCCCUAUCGGCUGUUUGGUGCCUACAUGAGCAACGUGGCCACCUACCAAGACGCCAACACCGCUUGGCUCUCAACCGAUGGUGUCUUGUCCUGGGUUACGACGUCGGUUUACGAGAGAUUCGCCGGCGGCGGUUACAUGAGCGGCGUCAAGUUGAUCCGAGGGUAUACAGAACCCAACAAGACCAAGGAAAAAGAGGACAAGCUCCAGGAUCCAUCGGCUCAAGACCUGUCUGGCCUGGACGAGCGCGAGGAGAGGACCCGGAAACGAAAGUCCGCACCUCCCGCAAGCAGGGAUCCUAGCGACGACCCACGGCAGCGCCGCCGGUCGGCAUCAAACAAUGUGGGAAACCGGCAAACGAAACUGGAGCGGGAGCUCUCGUCCCUCAUCGAAAAUGAAGGCAAAAGCUCGGCUGAGACGGAGGAGCAAAUCAGGAAACGCGACGAGCUAGAAAUCCAGGACGACUACAACGCGCAGGCGGGCGAGACCCAGGGUCGCGAGAUUGAGCAUCUGGUGCUGGUUACGCACGGCAUCGGACAGCGUCUCGGUCUCCGGAUGGAGAGCGUCAACUUUGUUCACGACGUCAAUGUGCUGCGCAAGACGCUCAAGUCGGUUUACACAGGCUCCGCAGACUUGAAAGCUCUGAACUCGGAGUUUGAUGCUGGACCUGGGAACUGCCGAGUGCAGGUACUGCCAGUCUGCUGGAGGCAUCUGAUUGAAUUUCCAAAGCAGCGCCAAAGGAAGGGUGAACGUGACCUCGGAGAUAUCGACGGGGAAGAAGAUAGAUACCCGUCUCUUGAAGACAUCACCAUAGAAGGGGUUGCCUUUGCCAGGUCGCUGAUUUCGGAUCUAGCUCUGGAUGUGUUGCUAUACCAAAGCUCAUAUCGCGAGGAAAUCUCGAGGGUUGUUGUUGCUGAAACGAACCGCAUACUGAGACUCUUCCGAGAGCAGAACCCCGAGUUUAAAGGCAAGGUGCAUCUCAUGGGCCACUCGCUGGGCUCUGCUAUAUACUUUGAUGUGUUGUGCCGCCAGAGGGGACGCCCGAAGACCAAGACGAAGGAAAAUGAGCUGCAGUUUGAUUUCGAGGUGCACGAUUACUUUUGUCUUGGAUCUCCGGUUGGAUUAUUUCAGAUGCUCAAAGGACGGACCAUUGCCGCUCGGCAUUCAUCUGACGGCCUACCGACUGGGAGCCCGCUGCAUCCUAGAGAAGCGGGAGACCCUUUUCUCGCCGCGCCAGCAGCCUCGACUGGCGACGACGUCUCCUCCACCGACGGGCUUUCGCCCUUGGUUUCGUCGCCCAAAGUCAAACAGCUCUUCAACAUUUUCCAUCCCUCUGACCCCGUCAGCUAUCGCCUGGAGCCCCUGAUCUCGCCGGCAAUGGCGGCGUUGAAGCCACAGCUGCUGCCCUACACAAAGAAGGGCAUCUUUGGCAACGUGGCGCCGCAGGGCCUGACGGGAAUCGGAGCAAGAGUCGGCCAGAGCGUGAGCGGCCUGUGGUCGAGCCUCAGCGCAGGCAUCGCGAGCAACCUGCUGAACCGCAGCCUCGGACUGACCAACGAGGAAGUGACGCGCAUGGAGGCCGACGAUGCGGCCCGACGGCGGCAGCCAGGCGCAGAGGAACCCAGGGCCGGAGGUCUCGAGGCCGAGGGGCGGACGGACGAGCGCAAGCGGCAGCUCGCCGACUUGGCGACGGCGGGGCGGCAGCAGAGCGCGACGCUCAUCGACGACGAGAUCGAGACGCUCUUUUCGACGUUUCAGCGCAGCAGGACGGCGGUGUCGGGCGGCGGCGACGCCGCCAGGGCCAACGCCGAGAGCCGCAGGGCGCGCAAGCUGCGUGCCGAAGAAGUCAAGGUGCGCGCGCUCAACCGCAACGGGAGGGUGGACUACAGCAUCCAGGAGAGCGCCCUCGACUUUAACCCCAUCAACACGAUUGCGUCGCACAUGGGCUACUGGGCCGACGAGGACGUCAACCACUUUGUCCUCUCGCAGCUGCUGUCGAGCCGAUCGCGAGCGCCUGACAAGGGGCCGGGAGGGAGUUAG